AGUGGCGGUAAAUAAUGAGUUAACAUCCGGUCACUUCCGGAAACCAUGGGUUCCCUCAAUGUACAGUGUGUUUUCACAAGGCAUUUGCACCGUAUCCUCAACUCAAAAGGUGUCACUUUACAUGAUGCAUUCUUAGUGAGAAAUUUUCACUUGUCUAGAAGGGACUUUGUUCAAACACACGAAGGAACUCAUUAUGGGAGCACAAUAGAUAAAGAUGAAAUAGAAAAGUUUAACAAACUUGCCAAUAAUUGGUGGAGUGAAAAUGGGGAAAUGAAAGCAUUACAUGCAAUGAAUCAGCUGCGUGUACCAUUUAUAAGAGAUACUUUAGUGCCAGAGAAGUCCAUAACAUCCAGUCCAUUAAAAGGUUUGCGGAUUCUGGAUGCAGGAAGUGGAGGUGGAUUUCUGAGUGAACCACUUGCAAGACUUGGUGCAACUGUUGUUGGUGUAGAUGCUUCCGAAAAAAACCACAGAGUGGCUAAGCUACACAGUUCUCAUGAUUCCAGUCUAGAGAAAUACCUGACAUAUAUAAACUGUGAAAUAGAGGAUUUACUACCAAAGGAAAAGGGAUCAUUUCAUGCAGUUGUUGCUUCUGAAAUCCUUGAGCAUGUGGCAGAUACAGAGACUUUUGUCAGAGCCUGCAGUGACUUAGUUAUGUUUUAUUUUCAGCCUGAUGGCUCAUUGUUUUUUACAACCCUCAACAAAACCAACCUGUCUUAUGCCUUGAGCAUUGUUGCUGCAGAAAGACUUCUAAAAAUAGUACCUGUAGGAACCCAUGAUUGGAGUAAAUUUAUAGAUCCAUUAGAUUUGCAAGACUUGUUAGAUAAAUAUGAUUGCAGCACUCGCCAGGUCCAUGGUAUGUUUUACAACCUUCUCACAAACAGAUGGGAUUGGAUUAGAGAUACCAGCAUUAAUUACAUGCUUCAUGCAGUAAAGCGGACUCCUGACAGCUGAGGCUCCAACCUGUUCCAGGAUAGCUAUCCAGAGCUAGGAGACCUGAAUAUUUUAUGGCAAAAUGCAUACUUCCUCAGGAACAUUAUAAUAAACAUAUGCUUUUGAUAGAACUAUUUGUCACCAAAGGGGAAAAUCAUGAAUAAAGAUUGCAGUCUAUUUUCAUAGACUAUCCAUAAAUAUGCAGCCUAAAAUGUUGGAAAAAUUUAGGGAAAAAAAGCUUGUCAUCUUUCCUGAUUAACAUUGUCAGUCUGCCAAAAGUUCUUUAGCUGCCUCAUCCUCUCCAAAUAUCAACCAUCUUAACCUCUCCUUAAGACAGUUGAAAUGUAAAUAGGCAUAUGAUAAUGCCUUUAAUAUAUUUGUACAGACUUUGUUAAUUUUAAUUUCAAGCAAUUUUCCAAUUAACGUUGUAUAUAUACGGUUAUAUUGUAGGAAACUUUUGCAUCAGGCAUUUGGGUUAUGAAUGUUUUUUUGCUUCUGUUGACCUGUUUUUGAAUAAAAGUAGCCAAAGGCAAGAUGAACACAGUUAUGUCGACAUAUCAGAGCCUGAUGGUUAGUAACUGCAAUAGCAUAGUUUUCCAUAAACUUUCAAAAACUUUCUUUUGUGUUUUUUAAAUCAAAGUCAAGUAAUUCAAUCAGGAAAUCACAUUUAAACAGAAUUUACAAUAUUAAAUUUAGAC